AUUCAAUUUCCACCACAAAACGUGUUUCGAUGAGUUUUUACGUGACCUAUACCACAAAAGAACAGUGUUUGUUAUGAUCAUUUUUAAAGUUAAAUGCGUUAUUUUCGGUCCAAAUAUUAAUCUGUUGAAAUUCUUUUGUACACGUGGGCCCGCCGUUUAAAAGGGUCGCAGCUUUUUUUUUGCCGACUGGUUGAAUUGGGUCGGAAAUCGUUCUAGGCCGAUUCUUUUAUAAAGACCCUAAGACGAGAUCAUAUUAGAAUGGCGUCUGAUCAGCAAGUUAAAAACCGAAUGCAGGUUUUUAAAAACAAAGGAAAGGACUUCGAUGAAAUGAGGCGGAGGAGGAACGAAGUCACAGUUGAACUGAGGAAAAAUAAACGAGAGGAAACUCUACAAAAACGAAGAAAUGCCCCGACGAACUCGACAGACGAUGAAGAGAGAAGACUAGACGCAGUAGAUUUUGAACGUUUAGUAGAGGAUGCUAAAAAUGGUUCCCCUCAAGUACAAUUCGAUUCGGUUCAAAUAUGUAGGAAAUUACUUUCAUCAGAGAGACAUCCUCCUAUAAAUGAACUUAUAUCACAUGGGAUUCUACCUGUAUUGAUUAAUUGCUUACAAAACAAUGAUUUUCCGAAACUCCAGUUUGAAGCUGCAUGGGCAUUGACUAAUAUUGCGUCAGGUACUUCGCAACAAACGCAUGCUGUUGUAGGUGCCGGUGCAGUGCCUAUUUUCAUUCAACUUUUACUCUCAGAACAUCAAAAUGUGUGUGAACAAGCAGUUUGGGCACUAGGCAACAUAAUAGGCGAUGGAGCUCUACUGCGGGAUUAUGUAAUAAGUUUAGGAGUCAUCCCUCUUCUGUUGGCUUUUGUAAAAUCUGAAACACCAAUUUCAUUUCUCCGAAAUGUCACAUGGGUUAUAGUGAAUCUAUGCCGUAACAAGGAGCCUCCUCCAACCAACCAAACAAUAGCAGAAUUGCUUCCAGCUUUAAACCUGCUUAUUCACCACAGUGACUUGAAUAUCCUUGUUGACUCUACUUGGGCUAUCAGCUAUUUGACGGAUGGUGGCAAUGAGCAAAUUCAAAUGGUCUUAGAAAGUGGAAUUCUGCCUAACCUCGUACCUUUGCUGGCUUACAAAGAAGUCAAAGUGCAGACUGCUGCUUUGAGGGCAAUCGGAAAUAUUGUCACCGGAACUGAUGAACAGACUCAAGCCGUUAUUGACUGUGAAGUCCUCUCUUAUUUCCCUGCUCUGCUGACGCAUACUAAAGAAAAGAUAUGCAAGGAGGCUGUUUGGUUUCUGUCUAACAUUACAGCAGGAAGCCAGCCCCAAGUUCAAGCUGUUAUUAACGCUGGUUUACUUCCCAAUAUAAUUCUUAAUCUGUGUAAAGGAGAAUUUCAAACAAAGAGGGAAGCUGCAUGGGCUAUUAGUAAUCUAACAAUAAGUGGAAAUAGAGAACAGAUAUUGCAGCUCAUCGAUGAAGGCGUAAUACCUCCAUUCUGUGCCCUUUUGGACUGCAAAGACAAUCAAGUUAUACAAGUAGUCCUGGAUGGCUUGAACAACAUUCUUAGAGCAGCGUCACCUCAGAUUGAGGCAAUAGCAAAUGCAAUUGAAGAAUGUGGAGGUUUGGAUAAAAUUGAAAGCUUACAAAGCCAUGAGAACGUUGAUAUUUACAAGUUAGCGUACGAAAUUAUCGAACAGUACUUUUCUGAGGAUGAAGAAGAUGUAAAUGUUGCACCACAAACAACACCCGGAGGUUUUCAGUUUAACCCAAAUAAGAGUAUUCAACACAAGGAUUACCAAUUUUGAAAACACACAUUAGAUAACAAUUUGGUUGUUAAAGAAAAAAUUAAUAAUAAAAAAAGAGUAAAGCAAAAAAAACUAAAACAGUGGUACAGUGGCAACCUACCGUUUGUAUAUUUUUGAAGCUGCACUCAAAUGUUUUGGGUAUAUAUAAUUGAAUGUAAGAUAAACCUUC